AUGCGCCUGCUACGCCCGGCAUGCGCUCUAGAACUGGCUGGCGACGAACAAAAGCCCAAAUGCUCACAGUGUCGCAAAGGUGGUCGAGAAUGUCGACCCAGCGAAGGUAUCGUCUUUCGCCAUCAACAAAACGCGUCUAUGAACAAUGAAAAUGCAGCGUCGCCCGAAGGCCGUGGCAACCUUAAUGGCUUCUAUUCGUACAAAAACACUUUCGAUAAAGACAGUGUCUGGUUGGAUGUUCCAAAGCAUGUCGUUUUCGUUGACAACUCCGACCCGUACGCCGAUGACAUGGAGACCUCGCUAGCCGAAUCCAGUGCCAUGGCCUUGGCCCAGUCGCGCAACCAACGAUGGGGCAGUGGAUCAAGGGCAAGCGAUGUUGAACAGCAUGGUCUGGAGGCCUUGUCGGCAGUUGCAAGCCACGAUCGCUUUCCCUAUUCCCCCUUGGACCACCCAUCCGUCUCAGACAGCGUUUCCUACCCUUCCCCGAGCCGAUCGCGAGGCAGUGCCAUGCCCCCUCCUACAUCCCCAUCCAUUUCCUUAUCGGCCAGCAGUAAUAACACCAACACCAACAUCAACUUCCUCCUCAACCCAUCCCAUUCCUUGUCGCCAUCGAUCGACUCCACAUCCCUUCACCCCGAUCACAGAAGCGCUUCGCUCCCAUCGAGACCUGCUAUAUCCCGAGUGCCAAUCGAUCAUCAAUUAGAAAACAAUGCCGAAACCGACUUUGAGGCGGCUUUCCUCCUGCGUCAUUAUUCAGAAGGACCCGGACUUUGGAUGGACCUGUUUGACUUGGGCACAUAUUUCGCAUCUUAUGUUCCAGUCCGAGCAAUAUCAAAUCCGCUUCUCAAAUACGCCGCUUGUGCAUAUGCUGCAAAACAAUUAGGUCGCGUCAAGGGUGCCAAAGCGAAGAUGGGUGGCGUCUGCUCGCGACAGGCUGCUAUGGAAAUGUGGGCUGGCAAAGAUGACGACUUCACCUGGCAUGGAGCCAAAUAUUAUGAAAAGGCCAUCCAGCUGCUCAUGAAAGAGCUACAACCAGAUGCAGAAGGCCCCCCACCGUUGAGCACUCCGGAAGCUUUUGGACAAUGGCAAGCUGCUGAACUGUGUGAAGAUGCACAGAGCUCUCGUAAACGCCGCAGGCGGAUGUCAAAUAGCCGGUUGUCGCGUGGUGUUCACUCUGAUGAGGUACUGGCAGCAACGGCUAUCUUGUCAGUAUACGAAUUCCUAGAUGCAACAGGUCCAGCAUGGAAUCGCCAUUUGAGUGGUGUAAAAUCGCUGCUUGAUGUAGCUGAAGUUGGGAUCAUGCCCCUGGAGUCGCGAUCAUCAGAUGGAGACAGUCCAUAUCGGACAAUGAGGAAGUCUGCCCUCUCAAAAGCUCGCAAGGCUGCAUUUUGGAAUUUUGCGCGACAGGACUACCUAGCUGCAUUCAUCAACGAGUGCCACACAAGACUGAAUACUGAAGAUCUGGUGCUUUGGACUGAAGCUGGUGUGCGACUUGACCAGAUGGGAUUCGUGCGCCCGAGCAAUACGGCACUCAUAGGAUACGCCGAUGGAGAAGAGUUCAUGAAAGAGGAUCUCAUCUGUAAUGCCCUUGUUUGGAUCCUGUCAAAGAUUGUCAAUUUCAUUAGUUCCGGAGACAACCUGGGCAUGAACGACAGCAGCUCUGUCGACAGUGGGCCACUUGGGGUUUCACAGCAGGCUCUGCUCGAGCGGUGGUAUAGACUCGAGGCUGAGUUAGAUGCUUGGUAUAAGGGCCUGCCAGAUACCUUUGGAGCGUCGGCGAGAGUUCAGCCCUCCCGGCUAUCACAUUGCUACUCACCUGAGGAAGCCAGUGAUCUCGUCACUUUGCAAGAAGUAUGGCAUAGUAUUCCCAUGUGCGCCUCAAGCAUGCAGCAUUACCACAUGGCCCGUAUCCUGCUCUUGAUCAAUAAGCCGCAUGAAUCCACUAGUCGGCGAAGCACCAUCACUCUGCGACUUCAGUCCUAUCGAUCUAUCGAGGCGGAGAUUGGCUAUCACAGCCGGGAGAUUGUCGGGAUCGGCCUCUGUCGUCCAGAUGGUGGUGUUCGCAUCAACUCAUUGCAACCACUCUUCGUCAGCGGUCAGUGUCUGACUGAUCCGCGGGAACGUCGAGUCAAUAUUCGGCUGCUGCGAGCUAUCGAAGCUGAUUUGGGCUGGGCCACCGAGUACCGAGUCCAGCAGCUACUCAAAGAAUGGAGCUGGGACGAGAGCUUUCUUCGACCGGCGGGGACUUGA